AUGAUUUUCGGUUGUGCGCACUUUACAUCAAAAUGCUAUCACAUAAAGACUAUGGGUGCGUUCGUCUUGGACGCUUUUUACGUUAUAAGCGCUUAUCAGUGCUUCAGUGUCGUUCGGCUUGGCACAUUGAAACGCUCAGAAUACAACCGUGACGUCAUUAAUACUGGAGCUACGUCAUUGUUUCGCGCUCACAAACGAUUUCACGAAAUAGGUAGUGCGGCCAAAGCGUCAGCGUUGUGGGGUGUUGACGAACGGAUUAAAGCGUUUGUUAGUGAUAACGAAUAUGGAAUAAUGAUAGUAACAUUGAAAAUUUUUUCAUAA